CCUCGACGCGCGCGGUCGCGAACGACCGGCGCGCGCGGGACAUGCGCGCGAACGCUCGCGUCGUGCGCGCGCGCGCGGCGCUCGAGCGCGCGCCGCGCGCCGGCGCGCGAACGCGCGCGCGAAGUCGACGCGCUAUCCACGACGGGCGCGCGCGAGGACGUCGAACGAACCCGACGACGACGACGCGGAGCGCGCUCGAACGCGCCGAGGCGGACGAUUUUGAAAUCACCACGCGCCUGGGAUCGGUGACGCUGCGCACGGAGCGGCCGAGCGCGAGCGCGUUCGCGUGGCGCGCGAGCGCGGACGGCGGCGCGCCGGAGAGCGUCGCGGCGUCGAGCGUCGAGGAGGAGGUCGACGACGGCGCGGCGAGGGUGAACGUGUACGCGGGGAGGUACGUGCACACACCGUCGGUACCGCCGAUUUCGAGGAACGCCGACAGAGGCGCGGUGAUGCUGAAGGAGUACGCGGGUGAACGCGCGGCGGCGUUCGCGGAGACGGAGGUGCGGGCGUACGAGCGGCUGCUGGCGGACGACGACGUGGAGAUUGAGGUGGAUGAGUACGGUCGAGGGCCGGGGAUGCUGCCACAAAAAGCGUUACCGAUCGCGAGACUGGUUGGGUACUUCGCGUCGGCCUCGAUCGACGGUGAUGGGACUAGGAGCUUGUGGACGGCGCAGGAGUGGCACGGCGUGCGAAGGCUGAGCGAGUACGCGCGAGCGAAGCAGGAAGGGAAGUCUGAGACGAAGUUUUGGCCUCCGGUGCAGCGCGUGCAAGACCAACCAAAGAAAGCGCGGGCGAGGUACGUGAGAAGAGCGUUCGAGCAGUGCUUGAAGGGGGUGUGGUACGCGCAUCAGAGGGGCGUGGCGCACGGGGCGUUGGACGGGUCGACGUUUUUGUGCAGCACGUUUUUAGACACAAAGGCGGACGAUCUGGAAGUCAGGCUGAUUAAUUUUGGGUGUAGUACGCUUUGCACGCCAACAAGCGUCGUCGUUGAUCUGAAAGCCAUGGCGCUGGUGCUCACCGAGCUCGUGUUCGCGUCGCUCGCGGCUUACGGGCCGUCGGACGCGACGUCGGCUGAGGCGCUUCGUCGCGUCUUCGUCGACAUUCACGAACUGGAUUUCAAACGUAUUCGCGCGUAUUGCGAGGAAGAGCCCGACUGGACCGAUGCGUGUGAGUUUCUGUCCGACAACGGCGGUGAGUACUGGGAGCUUUUGCGCGAGCUCUGGCAAGCGGAAGAGCUGAUGGAUGGCUACGGGGUGACGACGAAUGCGGGCGCGCUCGCGGAUCGCGCGGAGUAUUUGCGAGAGCUUCUCGAACGUUAUUGA